AUGAUCUUAUGCCCUCUCCAUCCCACUCAACAAUACCACCCCACCCUACUCUCCACCACCACCCUCCACCCCACUCACCAAUACCACCCCACCCUACUCUCUACCUCCACUCUCCACCCCACUCACCAAUACUACCCCACCCUACUCUCCACCACCACCCUCCACCCCACUCACCAAUACCACCCCACCCUACUCUCCACCACCACCCCUCCGCCCCACUCACCAAUACCACCCCACCCUACUCUCCACCACCACCCCUCCGCCCCACUCACCAAUACCACCCCACCCUACUCUCCACCUCCACUCUCCACCCCACUCACCAAUACUACCCCACCCUACUCUCCACCACCACUCUCCACCCCACUCACCAAUACCACCCCACCCUACUCUCCACCACCACUCUACACCCCACUCACCAAUACUACCCCACCCUACUCUCCACCACCACUCUCCACCCCACUCACCAAUACUACCCCACCCUACUCUCCGCCACCACUCUACACCCCACUCACCAAUACCACCCCACCCUACUCUCCACCACCACUCUCCACCCCACUCACCAAUACCACCCCACCCUACUCUCCACCUCCAAUCUCCAGCCCACUCAACAAUACCACCCCACCCUACUCUCCACGACCACUCUCCACCCCACUCACCAAUACUACCCCACCCUACUCUCCACCACCACUAUCCACCCCACUCACCACUACCACCCCACCCUACUCUCCACCACCACCCCUCCACUCCUCACCACUACCACCCCACCCUACUCUCCACCUCCACUCUCCACCCCACUCACCAAUACUACCCCACCCUACUCUCCACCUCCACUCUCCGCCCCACUCACCAAUACCACCCCACCCUACUCUCCACCUCCACUCUCCACCCCACUCAUCAAUACCACCCCACCCUACUCUCCACCUCCACUCUCCACCCCACUCACCAAUACUACCCCACCCUAAUCUCCACCACUACCCUCCACCCCACUCACCAAUACCACCCCACCCUACUCUCCACCACCACCCCUCCACCCCACUCACCACUACCACCCCACCCUACUCUCCACCUCCACUCUCCACCCCACUCAGCAAUACUACCCCACCCUACUCUCCACCACCACUCUCCACCCCACUCACCAAUACUACCCCACCCUACUCUCCACCACCACCCUCCACCCCACUCACCAAUACCACCCCACCCUACUCUCCACCACCACCCCUCCGCCCCACUCACCAAUACCACCCCACCCUACUCUCCACCUCCACUCUCCACCCCACUCACCAAUACUACCCCACCCUACUCUCCACCACCACUCUCCACCCCACUCACCAAUACCACCCCACCCUACUCUCCACCACCACUCUACACCCCACUCACCAAUACUACCCCACCCUACUCUCCACCACCACUCUCCACCCCACUCACCAAUACCACCCCACCCUACUCUCCACCCCACUCACCAAUACUACCCCACCCUACUCUCCACCACCACUCUCCACCCCACUCACCAAUACCACCCCACACUACUCUCCACCACCACUCUCCACCCCACUCACCAAUACCACCCCACCCUACUCUCCACCCCACUCACCACUACCACCCCACCCUACUCUCCACCACCACCCUCCACCCCACUCACCAAUACCACCCCACCCUACUCUCCACCCCACUCACCAAUACCACCCCACCCUACUCUCCACCCCACUCACCAAUACUACCCCACCCUACUCUCCACCACCACUCUCCACCCCACUCACCAAUACUACCCCACCCUACUCUCCACCACCACUCUCCACCCCACUCACCAAUACCACCCCACCCUACUCUCCACCACCACUCUCCACCCCACUCACCAAUACCACCCCACCCUACUCUCCACCACCACUCUCCACCCCACCCUACUCUCCACCACCACUCUCCACCCCACCCUACUCUCCACCACCACCCUCCACCCCACUCACCAAUACUACCCCACCCUACUCUCCACCACCACCCUCCACCCCACUCACCAAUACCACCCCACACUACUCUCCACUACCACCCUCCACCCCACUCACCAAUACCACCCCACACUACUCUCCACCACCACUCUCCAUCCCACUCACCAAUACUACCCCACCCUACUCUCCACCACCACCCUCCACCCCACUCACCAAUACCACCCCACACUACUCCACCACCACUCUCCACCCCACUCACCAACACCACCCCACCCUACUCUCCACCACCACUCUCCACCCCACCCUACUCUCCACCACCACUCUCCACCCCAUCCUACUCUCCACCACCACUCUCCACCCCACUCACCAAUACCACCCCACCCUACUCUCCACCACCACUCUCCACCCCACCCUACUCUCCACCACCACUCUCCACCCCACUCACCAAUACCACCCCACCCUACUCUCCACCACCACUCUCCACCCCACCCUACUCUCCACCACCACUCUCCACCCCACCCUACUCUCCACCCCACUCACCAAUACCACCCCACCCUACUCUCCACCACCACUCUCCACCCCACCCUACUCUCCACCACCACUCUCCACCCCACUCACCAAUACCACCCCACCCUACUCUCCACCACCACUCUCCACCCCACCCUACUCUCCACCACCACUCUCCACCCCACCCUACUCUCCACCCCACUCACCAAUACUACCCCACCCUACUCUCCACCACCACCCUCCACCCGCCUCUCUGAGUGCUCCUGAAGUUCUGACAGGACCAGUGAGGGGCUUUAUGGCUCCAUCGAGACGCUGA